CGCAACGUGCGCGCGGCGUGCGCGAAACUUUACGUUCCCUGUUGUCGGCAAAUAACCAGAUAACAGAUAACCGGUCAUUCUGUAGUUGACCGGCCUCGAGAUGCGUCCUGCACUCAUCUACACCUUCAACUCCCGGCCUCAGAAGCCGAGGAAAGUGCCCAACGAGCUAUUCGCGAAGGCCGAGCUGAUUCUCGAGUCGAAGAAAAAUGCCAAUGUUUUGUGCGAAGUUUUGGAGAUGUUCAACAAAGAAGAGAAGAACUAUACACCGCUGCUGUUAACUGUGGAAUUGAUCUUCACGACGUUGCUGAAGCGUGGAGAAAUGUUCGAGACAGGGAAAGGGACGGGUCCAGACGGAGGCGACCCUGGCCUCAUCCAUUGCCGCUGGCUCCGCGAGAACUACCAGCUGGCCUUCAAACGCGUGCUGGCCUGCAUGAGUCGCGGGGAGGACAGCUCUCGCAAGCAAGCGCUAGCCUCGUGCCUCAAGCUCAUGAUGGUGGAAGGGGAGAACCCGACACUGUCCAAGCAUGGCGUCAUUUGCUUCCCGGACUGGCGGCUCCAGAGCGUCUUCGACGUGAUCCUCGACGCGAAACAGUCGCAAAGCAUGUUCAUAAAGUACCUGGAGUGUUUCACCGACUACCGCGACUUUCAGCAGAAUGCGCUCAAUGUGCUCGCUGACUUGAAGUAUAGCAAGGCUCCGAGCGAGAUCUACGUACAAAACUACCUGGAGCUGUUCGAAAUGAUCAUGAGACCGGGCCUGAACCAGAAGGAGCGGCCCAAACAGCCUGAAAAGUACUACGACAAGAAGAUAUACCCAGAGGACAGAUAUUAUAUUAAGAGAGACUCAUUGGUGUCGGACAUCUUCGAUCCGGCCAUCUGCAAGAAAUCCAUCAACCGUUGCUGGAGCUUCUGCAUGCAAUGGCCUCUCCGAGCGAACGAAACGAACCAUCGUAGAGCGCUGGUUGUCCUUGUCGACCGAAUCAUGCCAUACUUGACCAAGCCGGUGCUAGCCACCGACUUCUUAUGCGACAGUUUGGACUGUGGUUCCGCCAUAAGCAUGAUAGCGCUCCGAGGCAUCAUGGAGCUAGUCACCGAACACGACAUCGACUUCCCGGACAUCUACGACCGGCUGUACGGCAUGUUUGAGCCGGACAUGUUCGCGACGCGCUCCAAACGGCGCCUCAUACACAUUGCCGACGUGUUCCUGAGCUCCACUCGCGUCCCCGAGACAAUGAUAGCGUCGUUCGCCAAACGCCUCGCCCGCCUCGCGCUCGUCGCGUCUCCUGAAGACGCGCAGGAGCUGCUGCGCCUCAUCGCGAACAUGGUGCACCGCCACCCGGGGCUCAAGAGGAUGCUCAAGAACGACCAGCCCGCUAUACUGCCCCAAGAUCCGUUUGAGAUGGAAGAGUCCCGGGCAAAUGCUACUAACGCCAUUCAAUCCUCGCUUUGGGAGGUCGCUGCUUUAAAGCAACAUUUCACGCCCGAAGUGUGCGCGAGCGCGGCAAAAGUGCUUGCUCUGGCCGACAGUGGGGCUAAACCGCCAGACCUACCGCCAUCCUUCUCUGACGAAAUUCAAUUCACAGGCGAGCUCAAGAAGAGAUUCAAGACUAUAGAGAUGAACUUCGUGUACGUACCGCCGACCCGUUACUGGGACAAGGAGGAUUGGAAGAUCAACACGUUCUGGCAUUUGAUACCGGACUUUAAGUAGAUAUAUUAAUGUGUGGAAACCCCCUAUGUUCAACGAACGGUCCUAUGGGCAUGGGCGUCGCUGAGGCUAGCCGGUGAUGAAAUAUAAAAGUGCGUCUACUUAUUUUCAAAAUGGGUUUUACUUCGAAAAUGGUCUCUUUUUUACAUAAAUAUACCACACCCGGAGCGUUAAGUAUCUCACAUGUAUAUGCUAAAGUAUUUGUCGAAACCCGAAUACUUUCUGUCAUCGCGCAAUUCUUACUUGACCUUUAUAAACUUUAGUCACUAUUUAAUUACACAGUUUAGACAAGCAACAGAUGAAAGGAUUUAGUAUAAUCAUUUGCAAUGAAAAGGUACAGAUUUACUGCGUUUCAACUUUGACUUGCAGUGUGAGAUACGAGAUUUUUUCAAAGUAGUUUUGUUUGCGAGCAGUAUUUUUAAAUCGCUCGCGGCAUAAUAUAUUUUCAUGAGCUCAUCUAUGAGAUCUAGUCAAUUUUAUUGUUCUUGUUCGGCCGAGGGCUAGCAGAGUUGUAACGUCCGUGCCUAUGGGGGAAAAACGGGGUAUAACUGCGAGACGACAGAUAUCAGGGAGAAUAUUGUUUAAGGCAAGUUUUUGGAUUUUGAAGGAUUUGAUCUGGAAUAAUGUCUAAAAACAAAGAGAAAGAGACUCGCAAUCUUGGAUUCGUUGAGGCCAGCGGCUUAACAGGGACAGGGCUUUUAAAGUUUCUCAAGAGAGGUUUUGUCGAAAUACGUAACUUUUAAACCAAGCGUACAGUCGUCUUCAAAUAUAUCGAAGCUACCAAAGUUCAAUUUAUUGUCAAGACGUUAGUGUGCGUGUUCCAAUAUUGGCAAUAUUUGUGAGAUAUUUGGCAGCUCAGAUGUAUAUGAAGGCGAUGGAGGCUGUAGAAAAGUAGUGAAUAAAAAAAUAAGAAAAAAAAUAAUCGGUUGGUGGUAUAAAUCCAACACAUGAUUUACUAAAUAAAUGCACCUAUACCCUGGUUUUGAGCAUCAACUCAGCGAAGUAAAAGUUGCGAGACGGAGUAGAGAAACAAUAAUCGCCCAUUCUAUGUUUAAAUUUACUUAGAUUUUAAGGCAAUGUUUAAUGUCAAAGUAUUCCUUCGUUGUUAUUAAAUGUUUACCGGAUAUAGGGUAUUUUGAUGUUAUUAUACGUAUUGAUGUUUCUUGUCUGUUAGUAACAAUCAGUAUCACAGUGUUUUUACCAUUUCUUAAUGUCAGAUAUUCCGAAUAUGGGACUCCUGUCAUGAUAUUAAGGGUGAUAUUCGAAAGUUAACGAAUACAUUUCAAUCUUUGUGUAUUUAAUUCUAUUGCAUAGAAAUAAUAAGUUCAAUUAUGUUCAUGACAUAUUCAAUUUUGAAAUUGUGAAGUAUUUUUGACUUAUUUGUUGUUUCUAAACAUUAUAGUUACCAAACCGAUUUCAUCCUGCAGUUGUACAAUGUACCAACUUACCUAGGUGAUAAGAAGGCUCUAAUUUCUUAUUGUAUAAUAGUUUAAUCAUACGGCACAGUUAUUUUUUUUCUGUUAUCUACAUUAUAAGAUCAUUAUGUAAUGAAAAUUAAACCUCAAAUUCAUAUUCAUAAUUUAAAAAUUUCAUCCGGUAAAAGGCCUAGUCAAGAUGCCUUUCUUGUAUUAUAAAUGGGCAUACUCAUGGCCACAGACUAGCCGAAGCGAAGACGUGGCCUACGAUGGAGCUCGCCCAGAAGGUGCCUAUUCACCCUUGAUUUGAAGGUUGCCGGGUUAUAUGGAUGGACCUGUAAUUAUAAACGCCGGCAAGGAAUCCCACUCCUUGCUGGCAGUGCGCAUAAGAAUAUAAGAAGCAAAGUGCGUCCGUGCGGAUUGGCUGA